CGGAUUUCUUAAUUUUAUCAUAAAAUAGUGUAGUUUUAUGCUCAAAUAAAGGGUAAUCAUGAAUAUUUCAUCCCGGCUUCACCGGUCAAUCUAUCAGUGUCUGGUUGUGUGCGAGAGAAAUAAGGGCUCCUAUCCGCGUUUCAUCGUGAAACCCAAGAAUUCGCGGUGGUUUGACAAAGCCCCCAAGCCGUUCUUCGAUGUGCACGACCCGAAGAAUCGCGUGGUGAACAGUCUGAUUCCGCCAAACUUCCGGCAUGUCUACCCGGAAUUCCUGCCGGAUCCGAACAUCGAGUACCGGAACACGCUGAUGGAGAAGCUGCAGCGGACGGACAUGCUGAAGCGCAGGCGACAGAUUGACAUCCCUGAGUUCUACGUGGGAUCCGUGAUGGCGGUGACGUCGUCGGAUCCGCACGCCGCCGGCAAGACGAGUCGCUUCGUGGGCAUUUGCAUUGAUCGCUACUUCACGGGUAUCCGAUCGGCCUUCAUCCUGCGCAACGUGAUCGAUCACCAGGGCAUCGAGGUGGACUUUCAGAUGUACGAUCCCACCAUCCAGAAGAUCGAGGUGCUGCGCCUGGAGAAGCGACUGGACGACAAACUCCUCUACCUGCGCGACUGUCUGCCGGAGUUCUCCACGUUCGACAUGGACAUGGAGCCUGAGCUGUUGCCAGACGGCGCCGAGGUGCCGGUGAAUCCGCUGAAGGCUAUCCUGAAGCCACGACCGUGGCUAGAGAGGUGGGAGAGGCAGGAGCUGAAGGGCAUCGCCAACAUCAUGGAGUAUCUCAACCCGAAGCGCAUCCGGAAGUGGCACGCAAGACUGGAGCCGUGGGAGAAGUACGACCUGAUGAAGCAGUACCGCAAGACGAUCCCCGAGGAGGAGCAGAACGCCGUGUACUCCGAGGUGUACACGGAAUUGCACCAGCUGGAGCUCAUGCGGAAGAAGAUGAAGCGCAAGAAGGUCUUCCAUCGGCCAAAGAAGGCCUAAAGCGUGGCCAUUUGUAGUGUCGAGAGCGGAAAUAAAGUCCUCAUUCUAUUUCA